GGAACUAAAAUGUAACAGUUUACGCCAUCUUCAUAUACGGUACGAAUUGGUUUGAUUCAGACUUGUUAGAUGAUCAGCUGUGUUUUGAGAACUUACGAAACGUAUUCAAGAAUCAAAGAUUGAGUUUUAUAUUGGAAAGUACUGGCUAAUUUUCAAGCAAAAUGACUACGGCCGCGAGACCCACGUUUGAACCUGCUAGAGGAGGACAAGGACGCGGUGAAAAAGAUUUAAGUGCAAUCUCAAAACAAUACAGCAGCAGAGAUUUACCCUCUCAUACAAAAUUGAAAUACAGGGAACAUGGACAAGGAACAAUCGAGGAAUUGCGAAACCGUGAUUUUCGCAAGGAAUUAGAGGACCGUGAACGUGAGAGGGAAAAGGAUAAAAGUUCUAACCGCCGUAUGAUAGAACCACCUAGAGAAACGUCCACGACAAGUGCUGCUAAAAGGCAGAAAAUCGAUCAAGUACCUACAGCAAGUUUAGAUGCAGAUGAUCCUCUUGACGAUGAUGAUUCAGAGUCAGAAAGUGACGAAGAUGAUACUGCUGCUCUGUUAGCUGAAUUGCAACGUAUUAAGAAGGAGAGAGCAGCGGAGCAAGCUAAGAAGGAAAUGGAGAAAAGACAGGAAGAAGAAAGAAUAAGAAUGGAGAACAUACUUUCUGGAAAUCCUUUAUUAAGUUAUUCUUCUCAAAGUGGAAGAACAGAUAUGAAAGUCAGACGAAGAUGGGAUGAUGAUGUUGUAUUCAAGAACUGUGCUCGUUCGGAACCGAAAAAGAAGCACGAUGUGUUCAUAAACGAUUCGUUACGAAGUGAAUUUCAUCGUAAAUUUAUGGAAAAAUACGUUAAGUGAACGAACUACCGUAUGAAGUAUAUCGUACUGUAUAUAGUUUUAAGAUAAUGUUAUCAUACUAUUUAUAAAUGUCUCUAGAUUGUAAUCGAUGAUGCUGAAAGUUAUUCCAAAAUUUCGGAAAUCUUACAAAUUUAAUAUUCAUAAAUAUGUGUUAUUGAAUCAUA